UUAUUUUGGCAAAGGAGGCUAGUUUUGUUCUUCACUCUCGUCUCCCCUCACAUUACAACGAAAGAACCCUAGAAAAAUGUUGUUCUUCUCGUACUUCAAGGAUUUGGUGGGAAGAGAAGUGACCGUGGAACUGAAGAAUGAUUUGGCUAUAAGAGGAACUCUCCAUUCAGUCGAUCAAUAUCUCAAUAUCAAGCUCGAGAACACCAGAGUCGUUGAUCAAGAAAAGUUUCCUCACAUGCUUUCAGUGAGGAACUGCUUCAUCCGAGGAUCGGUGGUGAGAUAUGUGCAGUUGCCGCCAGAGGGAGUCGACAUCGAACUGCUCCACGAUGCCACUCGACGUGAAGCUCGGGGUGGUUAGAAAUAUGCAAAUUUUCACUUUUAGAUAAUUGUUGCAUACUCUUGGAUUUUGUUACUUGAAUUCUUCAUUUUUAUGAUUACCCUUUUAAAAGAUCA